CAAGAACACUGGACAAUUUUUCACAGUGAUCUGCACGAUUUGUAAUUUAAGAGAAAGGUGUUUUUUUUUUCCCACCUACCUGAGUUAUUACUGAUCAUCACAGUAUCUUUUUUUAAAUACUGCUGAGAAAUGAAGAAGUCCUUUCUAUUGAGCUGUGUUCUUUUGUGGGCGAUCUUACGGCGGGCCAACAUGCAGGUUUCUUUACCUGCCACAGUGAUAAACUGCUGUGAAGGGGAUAUACUCCUCCUACUGGACUCUUCGGGAAGUAUAGCAAACUAUGAGUUCUCCCGCUUGUUGCAGUUUACUGCUGAGCUCCUUCACCCCUUCACAUUGGGCCGUGGGCACGUAAGAGUCGGCCUGCUACAGGUGGGCACACAACCCAACCUUGAGUUCAGCCUGGAUGUACACAGCACUCAGGAGAGCCUGCAAAAAGCUCUGCGGAGAGUCAACCAGCUGCAGGGAGACACAAACACAGAAGCUGCACUUAGGGUCGCCCAGCAGCUUCUGUCAAAGAUGGAGAAUAAUGUUCCAAAGAUACUGUUGUGGCUGACUGAUGGUGUGCAGCCUGGCGAUGUGGAUGAGCUGAUGACAGAGCUUAAGGCGCAGGGAGUUUAUGUGUUAGCUGUGUCUACAGUACAUGGCAACUAUCAGGUGUUACAGCGUGCAAUUACAUCACCUCUGGAGUCUCACCUCUACUCUGUGGACAUAGACAACAUUGAAAUCAUCACUGAGGACCUAAGGGAGGCAAUCAUCGAAAUAAUUCGAGCAGAGAGGCUGCGUGUAGUUCACUUGACUUCCUCCAGUGCCGUGCUGCAGUGGCGUCCUGUUCUGAGCACAGGCGAUGGUUACUAUGAACUCUACUACAUCUCUGAAUUGAUAUCAGACUCUGAGACUAGACAUAUUUUACCGGGCGACUCUAGCUGGGCAGAGAUAAUCAACCUGCAGCCUGACACCUCUUACAAAGCCUUCCUCCGCCCAGAGUCCAACCAGAGGCUGUUUACCACACUGUCUGUCAGCUUUCACACACUUCCAGAUGUUUUAAGCCCAGUGGUGGUCUCCCUGUCAGAUUCCGGCCCACAUCAGAUCCGUGUGAGCUGGGGUCCCUUGCAGCCGGCCCGAGUCCUUAGAUAUGUGGUUGAAUAUGGAACUAUUCCAAGUGGACCAAUUCAGACUUUGGUGUUAAACAGCCAGCAAAACUCUACCUUGCUGACAGGCCUGGAUCCUGGCACUCAGUACCUGGUUACAGUCAGCGCUCUUCAUGUUAAUGGAAAGGAAAGAGCCAUGUCUGUAAAGGCAUGCACUCAGGAGGAAACAGCUCUGCAAGCCUUGGUUGACCUUCAACUGACCUCUGUGGAUCUUCAGGAAGUGAAUGUGGCCUGGCAGGCCCAUCAGGAUGGCUUGAAAGGCUACUGGCUGAGCUGGGAGAGAGAUAGCCUGCACAGCUUUUACUGGAAGCCCUCCAUCUCCUCUGUCUACCUGCCUCCUACCUCUCGGGGAACACAACUCACACACCUUGCACCAAGCAGCCGAGUGUGCGUGUCACCAGUUUACAGCUCUGGUCAAGGAGAUGGGAUAUGCUGCACUGCAGAGACCCACAUAGGUUGGCUGAGCUGAUUACUGCUAUCUGCUUUUUUUUCGUAAUACAUGAAAUCCUGUUCACACUUUGUCAAUAUCACAUCAUUGAAUAAACCAAAAGUGAUG